UUUCAAUACAAACCUCAAUUUCUUUUCCCCAUUUGAAAUGCAAAGCAAGCCUUUCGCGUCCUAGAGUGUUUGCCACUGGGACUCAGACCAAAUUUCCCCCCAAAAUUCUCAGGCUCUUUGCUUGAAUACCUGCUUACAGUGGUGCACAAUGGGCAGCAUUGAGAAGAAAAAUUGAUAAUCUUCACGGAAGAGUAAUUUGAAUGAAAUUGCACUUGACAGCCUGUCUCCAAGCAAACAAGAGGCGCAAGGGAGCCUCAGCUAAGCUCCGAGGACUUACCCAAGCCACUGCUGGGGGAGCUUCCUAGGGACAAAAAAAACCACUCGCUUCUCCUCCAUCUAAUUGAGCUUUUGAUUAAUUCCGUGUACCAGAUUCUACUGAAGAAAGGUAGCCAUGGAAGAGAAUAUGGAAGAGGGACAGACACAAAAAGGGUGUUUUGAGUGCUGUAUUAAAUGCCUGGGAGGCAUUCCCUAUGCUUCUCUGAUCGCCACCAUCCUGCUGUACGCUGGCGUUGCCCUGUUCUGUGGCUGUGGCCAUGAAGCCCUUUCUGGAACUGUCAACAUCCUGCAAACCUACUUUGAGAUGGCCAGAACUGCGGGAGACACAUUGGACGUCUUUACCAUGAUUGACAUCUUCAAGUAUGUGAUCUACGGCAUUGCAGCUGCGUUCUUUGUGUACGGCAUUCUGCUGAUGGUGGAAGGUUUCUUCACCACCGGGGCCAUCAAAGAUCUCUAUGGGGAUUUCAAAAUCACCACUUGCGGCAGAUGUGUGAGCGCAUGGUUCAUUAUGCUGACAUACCUUUUCAUGCUGGCCUGGCUGGGAGUCACGGCUUUCACCUCGCUGCCAGUUUACAUGUAUUUCAACCUGUGGACCAUCUGCCGAAACACCACCUUAGUGGAGGGAGCGAACCUCUGCCUGGACCUUCGUCAGUUUGGGAUUGUGACAAUUGGAGAGGAAAAGAAAAUUUGCACCGUCUCUGAGAAUUUUCUGAGGAUGUGUGAAUCCACUGAGCUGAACAUGACCUUCCACUUGUUCAUUGUGGCCCUUGCUGGAGCUGGGGCUGCGGUCAUCGCGAUGGUCCACUACCUUAUGGUUCUGUCUGCCAACUGGGCGUAUGUGAAAGAUGCCUGCCGGAUGCAGAAGUAUGAGGACAUCAAGUCGAAGGAGGAGCAGGAGCUUCAUGAUAUCCACUCUACUCGCUCCAAAGAGCGGCUCAAUGCGUACACAUAAACACCACCCCCCGUCCCUUCUACCAUUCAGAUGCAUUGGUGUUUAACUAAGAGCCAUCCAACCAUCCAACCUUUCGAAAAAGAAAACAAAAGUGCUUCUCAUCAAUGAUAUGGAAGGUGACUUAUGAAUCACCUGAAUACAAUUCUUUGCUGUUUAGCACUUAAUUUCCUAAUCUGUUAAAUUGGGGUAAUCAGAUCUCUUCUACAAGCUCCUAUCCAGCCUUUUUUGUUUCUUUUUUAAAUUUCUCAAACUCAUUUAAUAAUUCUGUAAGAUCAAAGAGACUAACAUUGUCAAAUGCAGAGAUUUCUUUGAUUUUUAACCACUUCUAUGUGUCAUACAUUACACCUUUUGCAUUAUUUCUUAUGUUUUGAAAAGAAAACUAGCUUUUUAUACUUUUUAGUUUUGAUUUCGGUAACUAGUGUAACUACAGGUAACCUUCAAAGGGACCAUGUACAUUAUGAACAAUAGACAGAGAUGAUACCAUGAUGACUCGAAACAUGAAAAUCUUGUCUGAAAAGAUCAGUGGCCACUUUGCUAUAGGCCCUGGUUAAUGUUUUCAUCAAUCUAAGGUGCAAUUUCUAAAUUUGUAAGAGUAGGUUUUAAAAAAAAAAAAGUGCUUCUUAUCUUUGUUAACAUUGCAUUUUUUCUCGAUGUACUUAAAAGGCAUUUCUCUCUGAUUACUCAUGUUUCUGUUGUGAGCAUGUAGAAACAAUGACGCUUAUGCAUGGCUAGUUACCUUUCUAAGAUUGUGACACCAGGCUUACCUUUUAAAGUUUAGUAUAGAGACGAUUUUAACGGAAAUAACUACUGUGGACUAUCGGCGAAUGAUCUCUUUGUGAUUUAAGCAGUGGCUGGAUUGGAACUUUUAAUAUGCUAAUGUGGAACAUUAAUUACCUUUAUGAAGGUGGUAUAUUAAAAAUAAGCACACUAACCCCUCUGAAGUUGUUUUACCUACUUUAAAAAAUGUUAAUGGAUUGCACCUCUGUAAACUAUCCCUCCAAUGUGUAUGAUAUAUUUGAAAAGGCUUCCAUUAAUAUAAUAGCUCUGCUUGCAGCCUUCCAAUCUAUGUCGGUUUACCUGUAGUGUUUUUUAAAGUGCGGUCAGAAGCCACUCUACAAUGUAUCCUUUCGAAGUGUAGUGAUAUAUUUGUGUUUUUAUUUCAAGUAAGUCAUUUUAACCAAAUGUUCAUUUGUAUUCAUUUAUAAGACGUACCUAUAUCAAAGGAAUUUAAAAAAAAGCAAUCAGUAUUAUUGGACCAAAUUUGGUGUUUGUUUUAACCUUAACUCUUCUUUCGGUUAUUUCUAAUGCUACAAGAAUGCUGUAAAGUGUCUUUUAAAAUGAUGUAGCCUGACAAGACUUUUUUGUCAGUGUAUAAAAACUAGGUAGUAUUGUGCACUGAUUUGACCAUUGUGAAAUCUUUUCUCAGUGUAAGUGCAUUUCUAAUAAAAUUUAUUGAGUGAAA